AUGAAGAUCCAGGACCGCACCUUCAUCAUCUCCGGCGGCGCAUCCGGCCUCGGCAAGAGCUCCGCCAUCGAAAUCAUCAAAGCCGGCGGUUAUGUCUCGGUCCUCGACCUGUCCGACGAAGAAGACGGCAAGGAGUUGGAAAAGGAGCUCGGCCCAUCCGCAAAGUUCUUCCACUGCAAUGUGACUGAGACUGAGAGCAUCGCAAAGGCCGUCCAGGGCACCGUGGACUGGGUGAAGCAGACGGGAAAGCCACUGGGCGGUAUCAUCCCCGGAGCAGGCAUUGGUCUCCCAGCAGCUAUCCUCAACCGCAAGGGCGAGUCUCUAAACAUUGACGACGUCGACUUUGUCCUGAGCGUCAACUUUCGAGGCGUAAUCGACCUCGUCCGGCAAGCCGCAGUCCAUCUCGCCAAGGUCGAGCCCGAGGGCCCAGACGGAGAGCGCGGCGUCGUCAUCCUGGUCAGCAGCUCGAGCGCCUUUGACGGCCAGUACGGCCAGGUCGCCUAUGCGGCUACCAAGGGAGCUGUCGCAUCAAUGGCGUUGCCCAUGUCUCGCGAUCUGGCGAGCUACGGCAUCCGCGUCGUUGCCAUCGCCCCCAGCCUGUUCAACACGAAUCUGUCGAUUGGUAUGAGCGACAGGGUUCGGAAAGCCAUAGAAGACACGUUUGUGUUUCCGAACCGAGCCGGCAAUCCGCCCGACUUUGCUAUCUUGGUCAAGCACAUUAUCGAGAAUCCCAUGUUGAACGGAACAGUCAUCCGAUUGGAUGGAGCGUCGAGACUGAGCAAGCUCGUGGGGUACAUGUAUUUAGCAAAUUUCGCAGACGGAACGAAAUCACCUACAGGAAACACCACGCAUCAGAUGGAACACCUCAGAGCCGUGACUGGAUGGCGGGAAGACGGACCAAACGCCAAGCUCCACGGAUACAACUCGUCGCACCUCUUCCGAUGGCAUCUCAUUCUGAGCCUCAUCUUUCAACACGUCCGCAUAUGCGCCAUCAUGACACCAAAAGAGGGUCACGAUAGGAUCCUUAUUCGCUUGCAACAAGAAUACUAUCCCCUGCGCCAAACCCCGACACUAUGCCAUCAAGGAAUUCGAGCUCUGGUCCUGGUCCGAUACUUCUGGCUAGCUGCAAAGAUGCUCAUCCUCGAGCUAUAUCUCUUGGACCUCGUCUUCUGGAAAAUCCAUCGCUUUGCUCGACGGAGGAACAUUCUACCCCAAUACACGAGAAUCUUCUCUCCUGGAUUUCACAGACUUGCCGUCUUAGCACCACUCCCACCCUCCAGGUUUCGUUACUCGAUGGCGAGAAUUAUCGCAGGCAUCUGGUAUUGGUGGGCGAGCUUCCUUGGCGUUCCGCUGAUGGCGUGGAUUGUGUUUACCGCAACCAAAUCAUAA